GUUGGAGGUUGCGGCAGUUGUACAGUUCGUCGUAUCUACUCUCACCGCUCGUAGUAGCUGCUAAAAAUUCAUUAAUCCUUCGAGAUAUUUACUUGACGGAAAUGUGAGUGUCUGGUGGGAUUAUUCCUCUGUAAAAAUGCGUUACUUAGACGUCACUUUAGAUAUACCUGGGAAUCCGGAUCGUGAGGUAACUGCCGUGUUCUUGAAGAACCAUGUUAUGCAGGCUGUGAGAAGACUGUUUGGAGACAAAGGCGCUUUUCAAGCAGAAGUAGAUAUACUUAAGUACGAAGCAUCCCGCAGAAGAUUCGUUCUGCGUUGCCAAUCUCAUAGUUACGUUAAGCUCAGAGCUGCGCUUACUCUGGUCGACAAUUACGAAGGAGAACCCUGUGUAUACAACGUCAACAGAGCCACGGCCAAUCUACUCUCUUUUGCUGUAGAUAGCCGCAGUUUCAUUCACUGAUCGUUAACCUUUAAAACCGCUCGUAUUCUCUAACGUCAUGUCUAUCGUACGCAAAGAAGGCAAAGACACGAUAAUAUUUGCUUCCAAGGAAGAUCAUGCGUCUCCUUGUAAAGUCAGUCUUCCCGAACCAGAGCCCAGCCCAGGGCUAAUUCUUGCCAACGGAGAAAUCAAUUGGAACUGCCCUUGUCUCGGUGGAAUGGCGACUGGUCCGUGUGGACUCGAAUUUAGAGAAGCAUUUUCGUGCUUUCAUUAUUCAGCUGCAGAUCCAAAGGGUUCCGACUGCUACGAUGCAUUCAAAACCAUGCAGACCUGCAUGUCCGAAUAUCCCGCAUUGUAUGGGAGCAAAGAUACCGAUGUGGAUGAUUUAAAUCGUGGAAAUAGUUCAGAAGAUGCCAGUAGAAGAGAUGGUGAAAUAUUUGACAAAGCUAGCCAGGAAGAGAUAGAGACUAAAAAAUCUGUAGAAAGCAAUAUUAGCGGGAGUAAAAAAGAGAUGGAACAGUUGCAGGGAAAAUAAUUAUUGUAUGGAGUUAGACACCAUUCAUUUACUGCCAAUGUAGUAUCGUUAACUUAAAACCAGCUCUCCUAGUCUCUUGCGAGUUUUCGUUAAUUAAAACUGAAACAUGAAUAUUGAAGAAAAAAAAAUAUAGUAAAGUAUAUAAUAAUAAUAAUAAAACCUAUGUAAAAAAGUAA